CUUUUUACCCCGUCGGCCUUAUACAUCCAUCCGGGUUGGAAUGAGGUUAACCUUGCCCCAUCAGCAAUAUCACCAUCAACAUAAUCUUGGUCUGCUGUAUACAAAUUCAAUCAAUCUGUAGAAUCUACCCUUCUGGAAGACUUCCAAUCUCCCCAAUACUCUUCACUCUCUGCGAAGCUAAUCAGUCUUACCCACACACACAAUCAUACUGCUAUACUUAUCCAACAAUAAUGAAAGCGAUAGUCACAAAACGGUUCCUGCCCGAGCGGUUAAUCAACUUUGCUCUUGAUAGUUCAGUUGGGAAUGGCGCACAAGUUGCAGAUAUCCCGAUCCCAGAAAUUACAGAAAACGAGGUCCUGGUCAAAGUAUGUGCGGUGGCGCUAAAUCCAAUAGACUUCAAGGACAUCGAUUACUUUUCUCCACGGAAUAGGGUUGCUGGCUGCGACUAUGCGGGUCAGGUGACCAAGGUUGGGAAGAAUUCAGCACAGCGUUGGAAAGUUGGGGACAGAAUAGCUGGCUUUGUUCAUGGCGGAUUGUACCCUGAUGUUGGCUCAUUCGCUGAGUACCUCAAAGUCGACGGAGAUCUCGCCUGGAAAGUACCCGACACGAUGAGCUACGCCGAAGCAGCUACCUACGGAGUUCCAGCAGCUACGGCGCUGCUUGCACUCGCAUACCUUGACAUUCCCUGGGCAGGUAUCGAGAAGGGGCGCGACCUGCACACCGAGCAAUCGUCGAUUCUCAUUUAUUCUGGCGGUUCGAAUGUCGGUCUCUUCACGAUCCAGCUAGCCAAGAGGGCAGGUUUGAAGGUCGUUGUAACGGCAUCGCCACGUUCUUUUGAUCUUGUGAAGCGAUAUGGUGCAGAUGCUGUCUAUGAUUACCGGUCUCCAACAGCAGCCGCAGAAAUUGUUAAAGCCUAUCCAGAUAUUACAGGAGCUUUGGACUGUUUCUCAGAGGGAGGUUCCACCGCAUUUUGCGCCAGUGUGAUGAAAAAGGGCAAAGUGAUAACGUUACUUGACCGAGGGAAGGCGAAUAAACCAGACAUCGAGUAUAAAUAUUUGAUGGUCUACACUGUCUUCGGUCGGCAGUUCAGCAUGGUGGCGCCACUAGGUCCUACGUUUCCAGCCGUCCCGUCUGAUCUCCAGGCUCUUCGUCAGUUUUAUGCUGGUCUACCAAAUCUGUGCCUUGAUGUUGUGAAACCACCACCUAUCACAACCACACAAGGAGGAUUCAAGGAGAUAUUCGAGGGCUUGAACAAGAUCCGAAAGGGAGAAAGCCGGGGCACCAAGCUUGUCGUGGAAUUCGAAUGAGGAUGCUGCUCUUUCCUUAUCUCUUGCCUUCGUGAUUGACAACCUACCAGGCGCUGUUUGGCAGCCUUUUCUCUGCUUUUUCGUUGGAAAUGAAAUGACUUGAUUCGCUAGGACUUAUGUAAUGGCAGACCUGUAGAUGAUGAAAUGAUGAAGAUCAAUGGAUCGUCUAAUACAUUGUCAAUUCUAUUAGCAAUAUAUUCU